AUGGACACACUACGAUUGAGUUCUCCUUAAAUUGAUUUUGAAUAUAAUAAAUUAGACAAUAUGCAUUCUACCAUCACUUUAUAUAAUGAUACUCAACAUCCUAUUGCUUAUAAGGUAUUUUUUUAUUUAAUUCUGAUUUUUAGUUUAAGGCUACUAAUCUUAACAUUUUUAUGGUUAGACCUCCCUAAGGAAUUGUUUUAUCAAGACAGAGUUAAUUAGUCAAUAUCACACUUCAUAGCAAAGUUCUUGAAAAUAAUUCAAUUAAAGAAUUCAAUGAAAAAAUAUAAUUGAUUACAACCAUCAUCCAUCAAGGUGUUCAAGGUGUUCAGGAUAUUGGAUCCUUAUUCUUAGAUAAAAUAAGGAGAUUUGAAAAACAAAGAAUUAAUAUUGCUAUUCUUACCAAAGAUAGAAAAAUUGUUGCAUAAAGCCAAGGAAAUUCAAGUCAAAUGUUUUAAUCAGUUAAUAAAUAAUUUGGAUAGGUUGAACCAGCACGUGUCAUUGCAAUUCCUACAGCUGAUAAGGCNGCAACUAAUUGA